AUGAUGACUGUUCAAGUGCAGCAGCCAAAAGAGAAGGUGAUCUGGUACAAGAGAAAGGAUGUGAUGGGGGACUUCAGAGAGUGCUGUAUCUGUGUUCUUUGUCGGAGGUCUGCCACAGCUCACCGCAGGAGUGGGGCUCUGCGUUACACGCCCUCUCACCUGGAUAGUGAGGACCCUCGCACCUUGUCACAAAGGGUCCCACCUCACUUCCUGGCAGAGCCUCCUGACUUACCUAGCACCAAUUAUUCUCACUUCUCUGACGCCAGAGGUGGAACGCAGGGGAAAAGUUGGGGAAGCCGAUUCCAGCCACACCCCUAUGGGCCUCCCAGGGCUGAGAGCAUGAGUGUGCUCUUACGGGCAGCAGAAGUCACGGUGAUCAAGCUGGUGCAGUGCAGUCUCCCGGCUUUGGUGUUGUCUCUCAGGCUGUCUCCUAAGUUCUUGUGCACGGCUACAAAACAAAAGAACAAUGGCCAGAACUUGGAAGAGGGCUCGUGUCAAAAUAAACAGAAUGCAGAUUCUCCCUCUACAGAGAAGAUCCUCCUGGAAGAGAAGGUCAAGUUAGAAAAGCAGCUGAAAGUGACGAUGGAAAAAUAUCAGCGAGCUUUGGCAGAUACUGAGAACUUGCGGCAGAGGAGCCAACAAUUGGUGGAGGAGGCAAAAUUAUCUGGCACUCAGGGCUUCUGCAAGGACUUGUUGGAGGUUGCAGACAUUUUGGAGAAGGCAACACAGUGUGUUUCGAAAGAAGAGAUUGAAGACUAUAAUCCUCACCUGAAGAACCUCUAUGAGGGGCUCGUAAUGACUCAAGUCCAGAUUCAGAAGGUGUUCACAAAGCUUAGCUUACUCGAGGUGAACCCUGUUGGAGCCAAGUUUGACCCUUAUGAACACGAGGCCUUAUUCCACAUGCCAGAUGAGAGGAAGGAGCGAGGCACAGUGGCACUAGCUAGCAAGAUGGGGUACAAGCUGCAGGAGUGCACCCUGAGACCUGCCCUGGUAUGGGUGGUGAAGGAAGCGUAG